AUGUAUAUUUGCCAUCUUUACAUCUACAGGUUAAUUAGUGAAUGCUCUAUACCUGUGGCGGACUUGGAGAGGAAGUACAAGUGCCGGUGGUGCGGGAAGGGCUUUAGACUCUCCGUCCAUCUGAAGGAUCAUGUAAGGACCCACACGGGGGAGAAGCCCUAUCAGUGCCAAAUUUGCCAAAAGGAUUUCACACAGCGAUCUAAUCUGAGGACGCAUCUCAACAAGAUCCACAAGGAACAGCUGGCAUACGUUAAAAAUCGGAAGGGUCGGGUAGCCAAGUUUCCUGUCAAACAUGACUAUAUCCCUAGCCUGGUGUCCACCAGCGUUAGCGGUAGCCUCACUCACCCAGCCGGCCCGGAGAUGAAGAAACUCUUCAGCCAGACAGACCCCAAACCUAUUCUUCCCAAACCUCUUGGUGCUGAGCCUCCUAUUAUGCCUUUCCUCUCCAAGGAGACUGUUAAUUUCUUACAGAAAGAUGAGUUGACAGUUUUGUACAAAGAUGUCAGUUCUAAUUCAGAUCCAGAGAGAAAAGUAACUGUACCCCAGCUAGUUCUGCAACAGUCUGGACAUGAUACAGAGUCACAAGCAUUCCCGGUGGAUCCUUAUGUUAUAGAAUUAGACAGUAAUUCAACUCCUAACAAAGACCCACCUCUGCAGCCAAUCAUUACUCCAGAGGCUGCUCUUCAGUCACCACAGAAGGAGACUCUCUUGAAGGCUCUUCUACUAAAGGGCUCCUCUGUGUCAUCUGUGUCACCAGGAGAUGUCAGUGGAGUGAUGCGUCAGAUGAUUCCUUCAUCCCUGGCAUCUCCAUUGACACCAACACUGGUGCAAACCUCUUUUACCUCCACCUUGGUACAACAUCCACCUUCUGUACCUUCAUCACUCAGUUCACCCUUAUGUAGUCCUGGAGAGGAAUUAGUACAGCCUAUAUAUGUAAUGGACUCUUCCAAAGGCUUAUCUCCAGUUUUGCGCUUUCCUCGUGACAUAGCAGUGUCUGGUACGAGUCUUAUCAAUCCAGGUGAGAAAGGUGAAUCCUUUGUUGUCAUAGAGGCCUCUGGAGUGGCACCUCAGGAAGGUGUCCUGUCAACCUCCGACUCUCAAGAUCAGCCUCAGAUUUCAGAAGAAAUGAAGAUACUCUUGCAAGCUAUACAGAUUCGAGACUCCCAAGAUCAGAGCCAAGGAGGCUCUCCUGGAAGUCCGUUAAAAACCAAUGUUCCUACUUCUACUCCUGUAUCAUCAUGUGGGCCUGUCCUCAGUCAUACACUAGCUGUACCAACUCCCUCAGGUCCCCACACUCCCACAGACACGGCACUCCGACAGCGCAUCUCUCGCAUGCUUCACGACAAAGAUUCAACUAAAAAGAAAAGUCCCAGCCAAGCUCUGACUCCCAAGAAAAGCAAUCACUGUCCUGAGCUGCCACAGAAGCUGAGUCCUGUCAAGGAGCAAGAAUCAGUUCUUGUUCAUGCCAAAUCAACGCCAGAAAAAGGAAGGCCAUUACCUCUUCUACGACAGUUACCAACAUUACAAGGGUCUAACCCUGUUCCUCCUUUGCCUCCAUUGUCUGUUCCCUCCUCUCCCACUAGUGUCCCAGUCCCAUUAACAGUGUCUGCAUCUUCAGAAAGAAGGAAACCAAGUUUUCAAGCACCACCAAACAAGACAAAUUAUAAAACUAAUGAUAAAGCAGGGGAUAAGGUGAAUGUAAAGACCAGAGGAAGUAGUGACAGUGAAUCAGUGCCUGACUCUAAGUAGAUAGUUUAAUAGAUGUUUCAUUUUCAGUUCAGAAGUGAACCAGAUUUCCCAGUCUUGUUACAUGUCUUAUAGGAAGUGCAGAUCUUAUUUCUGUUCUCUUGUGCCUUCCUCUUUCACAGUGCAAUGAAUGCAUGUUAGACCUCAAUAUUUCCAACUCGUUUGUCAAGAGACACUGAGGACUUAUUCUCGCAAACACAUUUUUACAUGAAUUGAAAGCACACUUGGGUGAAAAGGAGAUAUCGCUCACAAAUAACAGAUUCUAAGACUAAAGACUUAGUGCAGUGCUAAACCAUACUUCAGCUAGCUUUAUUUGUACCUACCCUGUUGCGUUUUGUGCCUUAAAAAAAAUCUUUACCACAGGCUUACUUUUUGCCUGCAUAUAUGAUGGAUUCACAAGUUUGAGCCACUUGAGUUGCUUAGAGGCAUCUCGUGUGUUUAUCCCAUGCACAGAGAUGAAGUCGACAACUUAAAGUAAUGUGCUCGGAUUUGUUACUGUCUUGCCUGCAUAUAUGAAGCUGUUGCUCAUAAACAUUUGUUGCCUGAGAGGAGCCUUAAACUUGCCCAUCUUGACUUCAUUGUAUACAUGUGCUUGCUUGGUGAUUAAUGUAACCCAAGUUUUUAUAGUCUACAGAACAUAUGACACAUAUCCUAACAACAAGCUUUGUGCAGGAAAUCUGAAAUGAACCCUUGUCCCCACACUUUAUUGGACAGUUUAUGCAUGGUAUUUGUUGUCAAUGUUUGGUAGAAUGUAUUUUUAAGUCUAGUGGGGCAAAUUUUUUGUUUGAUUAUUUUCAUGAAUGGCAAUGCUUAUGAGUUGAAAUUGUCGUGAAAUUUCUUUGAAAAUUUGUGACGGCUAUUUGAUUAUUCAAAAAUUGGUUGUUAAUAUUGUUUAUAUUUAAUAAUGAUUAUGUUUUGAUGCUAUCUUGGUAUGGCUUUAGUCUUGAAGGGAGAAUAAGACUUAAUUAAUAUUCUUGAUAGUGUGAGUGUUUUGUGUUAAAAGAAGAAAAUGGGAAACUACCAAUCAGAUCUGUUGCGUACCCUGCUAGGCUAUUCAUGCAUGUGUUACCAGUGAAGAGUAAUUGUGCUAUUGAGUCUUUGUGAUCGAGAAUCACAUUGUUGAUAUAUUCUUCUUUGGCAAAACUUCAGUUAGUCAUAUGGUCAUUUAGUCAAACAUGAAUAUUUUCCCCUGUCUCUUUAAUAUUUUAUUCUUAUCAUUGCUUUUAGAAGUGCUUGAUGAUAACCCUUUUGUGAUAUGUAAUUAUGUCUUGUGAAUAUUUUAUAUUGUUGACUCAGUCUUCUGUAAACCAAUUUCUUUUAUGAUUGCACUGCCUCUUUCAGCCAAAUUUUUAUAAACGGGUUCUAAUCAACUAAGGUCAUAUCACCAAAACAAAUAAACAAACAAACAACAAACAAACAAACCAACAAAUAACAUACCUAGAAAA